UUCCCGACAAGAACAAAUCACUUUGCAAGCUGCACGAAUCAAUGAAUUAAAUUCACUAAAGAAGCGAAUAGUUUGAUCUAAUAAUUUUGCAUUCACUCUAGAUCAUCAGCAGCGCUCACUGCCGCCGGUAUGUCCCAAAGAACCCUUCCUUUGCUGAUAAUAAACCUCGGCGGAGAAAUGCUCUACAUUCUGGACCAGCGCCUUCGAGCGCAGGAUGAAAACCAUGAUAAAACUCAGAGAGGUAGUUGGACAGAAGAUGACAGAAAAAGAGUAAUGAAUGAUAUAGUAGGCACUAUGUUCAGUAAGGUGUUUCUAGAGGAGCUCUUGCAGCCGCAGGAUCUGUACACCCAUCGAGCCUUGCGGACAGUUCUGACACGGAUAGCACAUGCCUCCAUCUUGCGUCUCAACCCCGCCAGCAUGGACAAGCUGUACGAUUUGAUGACUAUGGCCUUUAAGUACCAGAUCAUUCUGUGUCCCCGUCCACAAGAUUUACUGCUUAUCACCUUCAACCACACUGACACCAUCAAGGAGCUGGUCAAAGACAAUCCCAGCCUAGUUAACCAGAUCAACGAAGCCCAGCGACAGCUUAUAGAGGUGUACACACCCUUAUCAGAUGGUGAGUUUCAACUCAUUCGACACACACUGCUGCUUCUGUUUCAAGAUAUGCAAAUCAGGGUCUCGAUUUUCUUGAAAGAACAAAUCCAGAAUCUAAACGGGCGUUUUGUGCUGCCGACCUCAGGGCCAGUGCCACACGGAUUUGAGGUUCCUGGUUUUAUCAGGUGGUUUAACGCUAAAGGUCGCGAGGUGAGGAGAACAGGGUUUUCCAGUGGAGGAAGCUACUCAAGCGCUCUACACGAGGGCUCAUUUGACCUGUCUGGAGACAGAGUCACACAUUUGGGCACAAACAUGUACAGUGCACCCGCACCUAAAGACACGUACCCAUCAGACACCAUGAGGAAACAAAAGCAGGUCGACACAAUUCCCAACCCUCUGGCCACAGAGGAACUGAACCUGCUUGCUAAACUCAUGGGUGGAAUGGAAGUGCAGAAACAACUGAAUGUGGAUACUGCCUUCAGAGUGAACCUGUUGGCCUUUGACCAGGAUGAGGACAGCGGUGGAAUUUUAGAAGGGGCGGAGCAACAGUCACCCAGAGUUAUCAACAUACAAGCCACGCAGGAUCAACUCACCAGUACUGAGCUGGCACGCAUAGCAGGAGAGUUUACUGGAGAGGGAGAGCAGACAGAUGGACACUGGGACAAAGGAGAUGACCUGCUGGCGAUGAUGGAUGAUCUCUGAAAGACAAUCAUUAUAGACUGUAGACCUGGUGGACAGAAGCAUGUGGUGGAUCUGAAAAUGCCUGACAUAUUGUACACAUUCAGAAACAGGAUUAGUAACAAGCUGGAUCAGUUAAUACAUUUUGUACAUGAUUUGUUAUGAAAAUGUGUAAUUACUGCAUUUUGCCUUUGCAGGGCAGUAUAUCGUACAUCCCAACCUAGUCUCAUAGAAUGAACGUUACUAAAACUACAUUUUUGCAAACUGACUUUUACGUGCCACGUUCUUCAUUUGUUGCCAUUUCCUGGUGAAAUUAACAGGCGCUACAACAAUUGUGUGUUUUAUUUACUUUCACAAAUCACGACUACAAUGGCUGAUUAUGACUGGGUGUUACACACACACUGCUGCUAUGAUAUCGAAACACUUUUACUACAACGCAUCAUUUGAAAAACUAUACAUUUUAAUGCUUGUAUUAGAGACCCACCUAUAUUUACACAUUUAUCCCAGUGUGAUUAGCUUGCAUGGUAGCUCACCUGAGAGAGUGUUGGAUUUUGAACUCGGCAGUCCACGGCUGGAGCCCAACCAAGCCAACUAGGUAUACCUGCAGGCCAGAGAUCUCCAAAUGGGGAAUGAAUCUCCAUAAUAAGGUGUAGUUUCUCCAGAAGAGGGUGGGGUUACUCCAAAAGGGGGUGACACCUCCACAGAUGGUUAGGGUUAGGGAAAGGGUUUGGUAAAUGGCUCUCUAUGACUUUGCUGCCGUUUUGAAGCUCCCACCCCUUUUUGGAGUUUUGUCUGCAGCUAUACCCUCCUCAGCCAAACCCAAGUAGGUAUACCUGCAGGCCAGAAAUCUCCAAAUGGGGCGGAAUCUCCAAAUAAGGCGUGGUUUAUCCAGAAGGGGAUGACGUUACUCCAAAAGGGAGUGACACCUCAACAGACGGUUAGGGCUAGAGAAAGGGUUUGGUAAAUGGCUCUUUAUGACUUUGCUGCCGUUUUGGAGCUCCUGCCCCUUUUUGGAGCUCUGUCUGCAGCUAUACCCUCCUCAGCCAAACCCAAGUAGGUAUAUCUGCAGGCCAGAGAUCUACAAAUGGGGGUGGAAUAUCCAAAAUUGAGUGUGGUCUCUCCAGAAGGGGGAAUGGUUACUACAUUUACAUAUAUGCAUUUGGCAGACACUUUUAUCCAAAGCAACUUACAGUGCCCUUAUUACAGGGACAAUCCCCCUGGAGCAACCUGGAGUUAAGUGCCUUGCUCAAGGACACAAUGGUGGUGGCUGUGGGGAUUGAACCAACAACCUUCUGCUUACAUGUUCAGCGCUUUAGUCCACUACGCCACCACCACUCCAAAAGGGGGAUGCACCAACUCCAAAAGGGGGUGACACCUCCACAGACGGUUAGGGUUAGGUAAGGGGAUCCCUAUAUCUUUGCUGGUGAUUUGGAGCUCCCACCCUUUUUUGGAGCUCUGUCUGCAGCUAUACCCUCCUCAAGUUAUACCCUCCUCAGCCAGCCAAACCAAGUAGGUAUAGCUGCAGGCCAGAAAUUGGGUGUGGUUUCUCCAGAAGGGGGAAUGGUUACUCCAAAAGGGUGUUGCGCCAACUCCAAAAGGGUUGACACCUCCACAGACGGUUAGGGUUAGGGAAAGGGUUAGGUAAGGGGCUCCUUAUAUUUUUGUUGGCGAUUAGGAGCUCCUGCCCCUUUUUGGAGCUCUGUCUGAAGCUAUAAACUCCUCAGCCAAACCUGGAAGCUGACACAUGAAACGAAAGUGCCAUAGAAGCCACAUGAAAUGUGAAAAAAGGGCUUUUGAUUUCGCAUUUUGUUGGUUAGGUUUAGGUGUUAGUGUAGGGUAAGGAUGUCUGUUUUGUUUAGGUUUAGGUUAAAGUUUUAGAUUAGGAAGGUACAUUUUACUCAAUAAAACCUCCAUCUAAUAGUCACCUUAAAAACUUUGUCUGAUUACGAGGUUUUUCACUCACUUUUGGUGCCCCUCUGCUGGACAUUUCACUGAGAAACUGCAGCGAAACGUGUAAUAAGGCAUGUAAUUUUGUUUCGCAAAAAUGUUGCCAUGGUCAUGUAAUGUUUAUGAGAUCAGGCUGGCAUGUCUCCAUUUAAAACAUGUAUGUGUGCAUGCCAAUCAGGGAUCAGAUAUCUAGUACUAUUGUAUGUAUUUUCUUUUUCCGUUUUAUUUUACAGUGUGUCUUAUUUGACAGAUAUUAGGCUAAAGAUUUCCAGUGUUUGUUACGUCCUGGAUUUCUAACCAUAUUAUACUAUUCUGCUCUAAGGGAAAACAUGUUUUAGCAAGAAUGACUAGAUCAUCUUUAAGCUAAUUAUACUGCAACAAAAUAAAAGUCAAUCAUUGGAAAAAAUAUGCAUUGUGACAUUUAAAAUCAUGGGAUGGAAAAAAAAAAAACACAAUGACUUCCUGCUGUUAUU